AUGGAGGACGAGAUCCCGGAAGUGAGUCUUUUGAGUGCGGCGACGAUUCUUGAAGAUUCGGACUCGAAAAAUGCAUUUUUUCAUCUAAUCAGCUGGGCGUUUCUUUUCUCAACUUUACUCGUCGUAUUUAUCGUGAUGAUUCGAGUGGGUAAAUGCAUUCGUGGCUACUGUCGCGAUUUUGAGCCUCUCAACGACAUCGAGGAAAUUCGAAAGAGAUAUGAAAGACACUGGCAAGAGUUUCAAUUGUUGGAGAACUCGUUGACUCCGCGCAGCUAUGCAUCAACCACAGAAAUGCAGCCGAUCACCAGCUACAUU